AUGGAACGUAUAAGUGAACGUACCCAAAGAGACAUAAUAAAGGCCCGCUCAAUUAACAAGCAUCGACGUACGACAUCACAGGCCAUUAGAGACCAUGAGCAGCUUAUGAACAGAAUAUCAAAAUUAGGAAUCAAAGUGGAUUACGUCUCUGCUUACCUAGAUUACUUGUAUGGUACCCAUGCCACAGUUUUCAUGCUGCUUCCUCAGGCUGAAGAAAUGGAGAAAAAACUUCAAAUUGAGGUUGAUCGGCUUGCAAGAAGAAGCAAACAAGCCUUAAUUUGCUGGUAUGCUGAAAAUUGGGAGGUAAUUUAUCCAUAUAUAAACGUGGAAAAUGAACAAUCUGGCGUUAAAUUAGGAUAUGAAAGAUUUGUUCAGAAAAAGGAUUUCCAAAAGGGGUACGAAAUUGAUAUUUCAGAUAUAUCUCAAUUGAUUAACCACCAUUAG